UUGUCGCAGGAGCAAAUGUCGUGUCACCGAGGUGCGGGUAGGGUGUCACCCAUAUUGGGGUAUUAGAGAAAUGUACAAUCAUUUUGAAUUCGUCAAUUUAACACUGUAUAAUAUACAAUUCAAGUCGAAUUAAUGUUAAUCAACCCGGAAUCAACCACGGUGUUAAUGGCCACGAGCCAUGUUAAUGUUAAUUUUAAUGUUUAUGGCCACAAGCGCGCACGCUACAUUGCGCCUGCGCGCAAUAUUGGGUAUCAAUUUUGCGCGCUCAUCUGCACUUGCAAGAAUUAGAUAUGAAAAAAAAACUUUCAGAAAAUUGUCAAAAUAGUGGGUGUUAAGAAAGACUAAAAUUAAGUUUGAUUUCAAUAAAAAAUAAAGUGGGGUUUUCCAGCAAAAUCUAAUAAGUGCAUCAUAUCUCGAGGGAGGCGACGAACUAAAGUUUGGAAAUUCUUUGACAUCAUCGCCCUUUUCAAUGGUGAGCUCAAUGCGGUUUAUAGUUAAACGAAGUAAAAACUGAUUUGGCUUAACGUUUUAUUUGGAUCAAAAAGCCUAAAUCAUAUCUCUUAAGAAUGCCUAUAUCAAGCUCUCGACGUCGACUAACCAGCCCUUUUGUGGGCCCAUCAGCGAGUAGCACAUCAUCACUGUUGAACACCAUCUCCAACUCGCCGGUGGCACAGUCGAAAGAAGGAGGGGGCGCUAUCUCAGAUAACAGACUGGAAUCAUUGAAGAAGGUCGGGAAGGCCUCAAAGCACCGAUCUGUAGGAGCCCGAAGGAUUACCACUAGCAUUAAAUUCCCGAUCCUAUCUCGAACUCAACCUACAAUUCGGCAACAGCUGAGAGUCAACCACAUCACAUCCCCGUCCAAACAUCACCGCAGAGGGCGUACCACCACACAUAUAACAUCUAGCACCAGCAGCCGACAACACGGUGACCAGAGGCUGUCGAUGGGCAAAGACCACUUUGCUCUAAAGAAGAUUCGCUUCUUCAACGCCCCACCGCAGCCUGCCCCACUGACGUUGUGCUUCUCCUACCGGGAUAUGACGUGA